AUGCGUGUGUGUUGUGGCAAGGGGGUCGGUUUAUUGUUGUUGCUCCUCGUUGGGGCAGUUUGUGGCUCCGAUACUUGGCGAGAAUUUAGGGACCAGCGGUUUCCAUGGAGAAAAGUGAAAGCGGGCACUGAAUCGAAUGUCCAAACGGUUGAGGUGCAAAGUGAAUCUCCACUGAAAACUGUAACAGUACAAUGUGGGGAGCGCAAUAUAUUGGUUCGAGUGGACACGGAUUUAUUUGGAACAAAACACCUGGUUAAAGCUGCUGACCUGACUCUGGGGACAGUAGGUUGCCGACCAACGGCCAUUUUUCCUCAAAAUCACACUAUUUUCUUUGAUUACGGACUGCACGAGUGUGGCAGCGAACUCCAGAUGGCUGAGGAUUUCCUCGUCUACGCCACCCACCUGAACCACAGACCCCAGGCUCGUGGAGCGAUUGUUGUGCGAACUAAUCGGGCAAUCGUUCCUAUUCGGUGUCGUUAUUUCAGGAAAGCUAACGUGAGCAGUAACCCAAUCCAUCCCACUUGGAUGCCGUUCAGCUCCACCAGGUCUGGGGAAGGACAACUAUCUUUCUCCCUGCGGCUAAUGACUGAUGACUGGCUUACAGAGCGCGCCUCCUCCACCUACUACCUGGGCGAGCUCAUACACAUCGAAGCUUCUGUUUCUAUGAUUAACCACUUGCCCCUGAAGCUCCACAUUGACCGCUGUGUCGCCACCCUGAGCCUGGACAAGGACUCCACCCCGAGAUACAACAUCAUUGAUCACCACGGCAGGUAUCUCCUGGACAGUGCGACCGAGGACUCCUUUUCCACCUUCGUGUUGGCCGGGGCUGACCGUGAGGUGGACAAGCUCCGCUUUGAUCUGGAUGCUUUCCGUUUCUCCGGAGAUGAGCGUUCCCUGAUCUUCAACAGUUGUCGCCUGAAAGUUGCUGCAGUUAAUCGGAGCGAUUCCAUGAACAAAGCUUGCACUUUCCAGAAGACGCAGAACAUGGGGACUCCAUUGGAAGAAACGAGUCUCGAUGUCUGUGCCUGUUGUCGCCUGGGUGACUGCACAGCCAUAGGGGAGGGUGUAGUUGAUUCAAGAGGUCGGAGGGAGACUCUGUCUGCGAUUGUUUGCAUUGCAGAGAAAGUUGAUCGAGCGAAGCGGGAGGGCGAGGCCUCGCUUGGACCACUGGUCAUUCUGGAGAACGGAGUGCCCGACCUGGCAACCCAACCCUUCAAUGGGAUCGAGCGACCUGGGCGACAAACUUCACGAAGCGGUGUGAUAUCUGAAAUGGUAUUGAUCAUUACCCUGGCCGUGACGGCUGCCUUUCGCGCCGCUGCUACUUCAAUCGUCUCUUUCUUGUACAGAAACCGCAAGUAA